CCUAAUUUCAUUUCACCCGACACUAAACCCGCCAUUCUCUUGGUCGUUGCUCUUCCUCCGCUGUCUCUUCUUGAACAUCGUCGGCUUCCCGGCUCUUCUUGAACAUCGCCGGCUUGCCGGAUCUUCUUGAACGUUGCCGGCUCUGCUCAUCUCCACCGUCAUCCACCACGCAGUCCACCGAACUCCUGCCACCAUUGUUAUUGCUCAAAGUUUGCCAGCUCUGCUCCUCUCCACCGUCAUUCUUCGCCUCUACCUUCCUUCAGUUUACCGGCUCUCCUCCUCUUUUAAGUUGAACAAUUGCAGUUAGUUUGUUCUCAGUUCACCUCCGCUUUCGUCCGCCUUCAGUUCUGCUCCUCUUCUCUGUUGUUGCAGCCUCUUUUAAAGGUAAAUUUUAACGUAAUUUUAAUCAGUGAUUGAUAUUAACCUAAGUCUAGUGUUGGGAUUGAAAUUCAUAAUUAAGCAAAUUAAUUUUAACCUCUAAGUGUUGGGAUUGAUGUUUUAGUGAAAGUUUGGGUUUUGUUAGCCUAAUUCUAAUCAGUUUUGUUUCAAUUGUAAUUGUAGUUGUAAUUAUUACUCGUUGAUCUUGAUUCUUAAAUUAUGCAUGUCAUUGAAAAAAUUCAGUAAUUGUUCUUAGUUUGUUUCUCUUAAUUAUAGUUCUUCAAUUGCUGUAUGUUUUUAAUUCAAUACAUCAUAAGUACUAAUUAAAUAACCAACAAGGAUUAAAAAGACAUUAGCAAAUACAAUGAAUUUUAUUUAAUCCUCAAAAACCUUCAACUGCAGUAGGUUCUUCAAUUGUUGGUAGAUACUUGUUCUUAUUCUUGUUGUAGUAACUUAGUUCUUCAAAUUUCUUUUUUUUGGUAUGUUGGGUAAUUAGGUAACUAACACUUUGUUUGUUCGUGUUCUUGUUGUAAUAAGUUAGUUCUUUAAAGUUAGUAAAUUUCAAACUUUUAUUCUGAUUUAUUCACUUUACAAUAUUCGGUUAGUUCUUGUUCUUGUUGUCGUAAGUUAUUCAAUGUCUUUUAUAAUUAUACAAUACAAUUUAUAAAUAUUCUUUGGUGUCAUGUUUAUCAAUUGUUACAUUUUGAAUUUAGGAAAUGAAUUUGAAUAAGGAAUGGGUCAAAGUAAAAGAUCGUUCAUCCUCCUUUUACGUAAAUGGUGUCGACGAGUUUUUAAUAUUUGCCCUUUCUAAUGUAAGUGAAGACGACAAAGAGAGAGCUACUAUAGGUGUCCUUGUAAUAGUUGUCGCAACAUAUUUUUCAAAACAAAAUGUGAUGUAAGAUUAGACUUGCUCAAGAAAGGAAUAUAUGAGAAGUACACUUUAUGGGAUCUUCAUGGGGAAAAAAUAAAUGACUCAAGUGACAAGGAAAAUUCCAACAAGUUUGAUGACACUGAUAAUGUUUUCACAAUGUUGCAAGAUGCGUGCGGAGUAGGUGGUAUGAAUUUUGGGAGUAAUGAAGAGGUUUUAAAUAAUGUUAAAGAGUCGGAGGAACCUAAUGAAAAUGCAAAAAAGUUUUUCCAAGUGUUAGAGGAGUACCAAGUUCCAUUGACAAUACAUGGCACAACAAUGUCCAAGCUGUCAUAUAUUGUUAAAUUAAUGCAUUUAAAGGUUCUACAUAAUUGGUGUGAUAGCUCUUUUGACAGUUUACUCCAGUUAGAACGCCAAGGCUAUGGAGCCAACCUUCCAACUUCCUAUUAUGAGGCUAAGAAACUCAUUAAUGACUUAGGCCUUGAUUAUAGUAAGAUUGAUGCUUGUGAAAAUGAUUGUAUCCUUUAUUGGAAAGAGCAUGAAAAGUUAAACGAGUGUCCUACUUGUGGUUUACCAAGGUGGAAAGAAGAAAAAGAAGGUUCGUCAAGAGCGGUGAAGGUUUCUAGAAAGGUGUUAAAGAUAUUUUCCAUUAAAGCCUAGACUUUAAAGAUUGUACAUGUCUAGAAAGACAGCUAAAGACAUGCGAUGGCACAAAGAAAGGGAUGCCAAUGAAGCACUAAGAGUGAAUAACUAUGAUAAAAUUAUUAAGGAUAUGCUCUUUCAAUGGAGGACGAUGAAACGUUUUUAAGGGAUGAUGAAACAUGUUUGGUGGAUGAUAUAAUGAGGCAUCCCGUAGACUCGUUUGCAUGGAAAUCAUUUGAUGAGGAGUAUAGUGACUUCGCUAAAGAGGUGCGAAAUAUCAGACUUGGUUUAGCUAGUGAUGGAUUUCAACCUUUCAAUAAUUCAAAACAUAGUAUUUGGCCAGUGGUUCUUAUUCCUUAUAAUUUACCUCCUUGGUUAUGUAUGAAACCCUAUUCAUUUAUGCUAUCUUUACUAAUACCUGGCCUACAAGUCCUGGAAUGAAUAUAGAUGUGUAUCUCCAACCACUUGUUGAGGAAUUAAAGGAACUUUGGGAUGUUGGCAUUGAAACCUAUGAUGCUUGCUCUAAAACAAAUUUCAUCUUGCGUGCAACUCUAUUGUGGACUGUUAGUGACUUUCCUGCGUAUGCAGAUUUGUCAGGAUGGUCUACCAAAGGUCAUUAUGCUUGUCCAUGUUGUCAUAAAGAAACUAAACGAACAUCAUCGAUGCAUAAGGGAGGUUACUUAGGUCAUCGACGUUGGCUUCCAACCAAUCAUAAGUGGAGAAAAAAUGCAAGAUGUUUUGAUGGAAAAAUUGAAAAGGGGUUGCACCCAUGCCUUUAAGCAGGGAUGAUGUAUUGCUACAUCAUAGUCGAUUUUCACAAGAAAAAUAUGGGAAGAUUGAUGGGAAGAAGAGAAAAAGAGAUGCUUCUAAUAGUUUGUUUGGGUGGAAAAAAAGAGCAUUUUCUUCACCUUGCCUUAUUGGAGUAAAUUGAAAAUUCGUCAUAACUUGAAUGUUAUGCAUAUUGAUAAAAAUGUGUCAGAUAAUAUCCUGGGUACUUUAAUGAGCAUACUAGGUAAAAAUAAAGAUACUUUGAAGGCCCGCUUGGAUUUAGUGAAAAUGAAAAUUAGGGAGAAGUUGCAUCCUCAAGUGGUUGGUGAUAAGGUACGUGUUCCUGUGGUCGUAUAUUCUUUGAGUUCAUUUGCGAAGGCAGCCAUAUGUCGUAUGUUUGCAAAAAUAAAAUCUCCAGAUGGAUAUCUAUCAAAUAUUUCUCGAUGUGUUAAAGAUAAUGGGAAAAAGAUAUCAUGUUUGAAGAGCCAUGACCAUCACGUUUUCAUAGAGCAAUUGCUUCCUCUAGCACUUAGUGGGUUUUUACCAAAAGACGUUUAUGAUCCUUUGGUUGAAUUAAGCUUUUUUUUCCGAGACCUUUGCUCUAAAAACAUCAGUAUUGGUCAAAUAGAAGCACUAGAGAAGAAAAUUCCUUUCACCUUAUGCAAGUUGGAGAUGAUUUAUCCACCAGCAUUUUUUGAUGUUAUGGUACAUUUGGUUAUACAUUUGGCUGCUGAGGCAAAAAUUGUUGGACCAGUUCGAUAUCGAUGGAAUGUAUCCUGUUGAGAGGUAUCUUCGAACAUUAAAAUCAUAUAUUCGAAAUCGAGCACAUCCUGAAGGUUGCAUUGCUGAAGGUUAUCUAACAGAUGAGUGCUUAACAUUCUGCUCUAGAUACAUGAGUGACAUUGACACUAAAUUCAACCGUAAAGCGAGAAAUGAUGAUGAGGAUAUUGAAGAGGGUACUUUGAAAUCUAACCUAGAGAUAUUUAGACCACUUGGACAUCCAAUUGGGGGGAGUACACCAAUUCAUCUUCAUUUUCAGGAGUGUGACCAAAUCCAUUUUUAUAUACUUCAAAAUUAUGAUCCACUUGUUAAGUUUGUACAAAAGCACAAAAAAGAAUUGGAAAAAGAAUGUCCACGAAAUAUAGAACAGAGGCACAAAGAACAAUUUUCCAAAUGGAUACAAAGUCGUGUACGAAAGAUUCAUGAACUUAAAUCUUGUGAUGAAAACUUGUAUAACUUGGUAUGCGGUCCUUCUAGAGUUGUAAGGCGCUACACUGCAUACAUAGUGAAUGGUUUUCGAUUCCACACCAAUGAUAGAUGUGAAAAUAGGGACACACAAACUUCCGGUAUCAUGGUGUGCGGUGAUGACUCUUCAUCUAAGGAGUACUAUGGUGUUUUGAGAGACAUAUUUCAAGUGCACUAUCCUGGAGGAAAUCAUGUUUUUGUGUUCAAAUGCAAUUGGUUUGAUAUAGAAAACUAUGGUAGAGGGUAUAAGGUAGAUGAACAUGGAUUGAUUAGUGUGAAUAAGAAUAGAUGUUUGAAGUCAGAUGAGGUAUAUGUGCUUGAAUCACAAGUGGAGCAAGUGUUUUACAUUGAAGAUGAACGAAAUGAGAAUUGGCAAUUUGUUAUAAAAGCAUUUGCGGUAGCCGGUGAUAGUAUGUUGAAGGAAAUACAGGAUAAGUUCGAAGUUUCUGAAUCUAGUGAUUACUUACGAAUGCACAUGUUCAUUUUGGAGACAAUGCAACGUUUAUACAGAUUAUACAAGUGUAGAUUGCACUACUACUACAAAAGCAAGAAGUGUGGAAAUACCGAUGAUGAGCGAAAAAAGAAUCCUCCUCCUGACUUGCCUCAAUCUCAAUGGGAAUAUCUCAUCAAAUAUUAUGGCUCCGAUGAAUUUAAGUUAAUAAGUGCAAGGAACUCUAAGAAUCGAAAUUCCGACAAGAGAGUUAAGCAUACAACUGGACAACUAUCAUUCCCAGAAUCAGAGGAUGUAUUGGUGACAAAAAAGAAUCGAGGUGUGAAGCUAAGUGCGGAUAAAGCUUGGCUUAUCCAGCACACUCGAAAGAAUGAUGAUGGAAAACUUGAAUAGCUUCAUGGUGACACACGGUCAAAAGAAAUUCAUGAGAAGUUGAAAAAUGUUGUUGCUUCCGUUGGUGAUUCAAUGACUCAUAAAGAAAUUCUGAUGCAAGUUUUGGGACAAAGGUCGGGAUACAUUCGUGGGAAAGGGACGGGAGUACGUGCAUAUGUUUAGGGAAAGGCCGCAAUAGAACAACGUAAGAUUGUGGAGCAACAACAAGAGAAAAUUCAACUGCAAGAACAAAAAAUAAAAGACUUGGAGGGAAAAAUUGAAGAAUACAAAACACAACAAGAGGCAAUGGAGGCUUUUAGACAGAGCAUAUUGCAACUACUCCAAGUAACUAUGCCAUGAAUGCCAAGCAGGUAUGCAUGAUAUGAUGAUGUGCAGUUUUUGAUUCUUGAUCUCGAAGCGGACAUCUACUGUGAAAUUUGAUGGCCACUAUCCAAUAUCUAUGAAUCUCUUUUGUGGUGAAAUUCGAUGUGCACUAUGCAAUAUAUAUGAAUCUCUUUUGUAAUUAACAAACUUAUAGCAUUCAUUUUGGGUUUUAACUGCACAUGUAGUUUUUGGACUAUAAAUUAACAAUUGUAGUUAUGAUUUUGGACUAUAAAGAUGGGAGACUCUUUGAUCGCACUCUCCUUUAUGGGUAUAAGUUGUCGUCAUUCUUUCCUCCCCAGACCUUGAUUAUAGUUUUUUAUGAGCGGGAUACACUGGGUAUGAU